AUGAAUAAUCAAAGAGGAAAUAAAAAAAUAAGAUAAAAGGCACUUUUGAUAAUUAGUGGGAAAGCAUUUAAAGGGUAUUUGAUAAAAACAAAUAUUAUCAGAGAUGACAUGCUUUUGAGAUGGAUGAACUCAGUCAUAAUGAGUAUUAUUUUACUCCUUUUAAUGAGAGGCUCAGAAUUCUAGAUCACCUACUCGCUAUGGUGGAGAUGGAGAAAUGCAUAAAAUAACAAUAGAAAUAUAUAGGAGGUAGUAGGUAUUCCCCACGAUGAUAAAAAUAUUUAUCCUGGUUACCCAGUGCAUUUAUGA